AUGGCGUCGGAGACCGCACCGUUCUGCGUCACAGGGACGGCGGGCAAGGGCGGCGCGUCCGCGCCACGCCCGCACGGCCGCGUCGUGCUGGCCGCGCGCAUCCACGACACGCUCGUCUUCGCCGCGGGCGCCGUGGCGGCCGUGCUCGUGCUCCUCUGCUUCUCAUCCCUGCUCGCGCCCGCGCCCCUGCCCAACCUCGUCGCCGGCCCCUCCCUCCCCUUCCCCACCUCCUUCCCGCAGCCGCAGCAGGAGAACGACGACGGCAACGAGGAAAGCCUGUACGCCCGGGUCGCCGCGGCGCCGCGCACGUUCUACGACGACGCGAAGCUGUCCUACGCCGUGGACGGCCGGCGGGUGACCGGCUGGGACGCGAAGCGCGCCGAGUGGCUGCGCCUGCACUACCCGCGCGGCCUCCGCGCGCGCCGCGGGCCUGGGGAGCGCGUCGUCAUGCUCUCGGGGUCCCAGUCCUACCCGUGCGCCGGCGACGGCGGCGACCACAUGCUGCUCCGCUUCCUCAAGAACAAGGUGGACUACUCCCGCCUCCACGGGAUGGAGCUGCUCUACAACACGGCGCUGCUGCAGCCCGACAUGGUGGCCUACUGGGCCAAGAUCCCCGUGGUGCGCGCCGCCAUGCUCGCCCACCCGGAGGCCGAGUGGGUCUGGUGGCUCGACGCCGACGCCGUCAUCACCGACAUGGACUUCUCGCCCCCGCUCGCCACCAGGUAUAAAGAUUACAACCUCGUCGUCCAUGGCUGGGACCGGGAGGUGUACGAGGCCAGGUCCUGGGUCGGCCUCAACGCCGGCGUCUUCCUCAUCCGCAACUGCCAGUGGUCGCUCGACUUCAUGGACGCCUGGGCCAGCAUGGGCCCGGCCUCGCCGCAGUACUCUCAAUGGGGCAAGACCCUCAAGGCCACGCUCAGCGACAAGCCCGACGCCGAGUCCGACGACCAAUCCGCGCUCGCCUACCUCCUCCUCAAGAACCGCAACAAGUGGGGCGCCAGGACGUACCUCGAGAACGAGUACUACUUCCAGGGAUACUGGGCGGAGAUCGUGGACAAGCUCGACGGCGUCGCGGCGCGGUACAGGGCGGCGGAGCGGCGGUUCGGGCCGGCCCUCCGGCGGCGGCACGCGGAGGGGGACCACGCGCUGUACGCGGCCGCCAGGAACGCCGCCCUGAGGAAGAAGUCCGGCGGCGUCCCGGGGCCCGACGGGGGCGGGCAGAAGGCGUCCGCCUGGCGCCGGCCCUUCGUGACGCACUUCACCGGCUGCAACCCCUGCGGCGGCAGGCCCAACGAGAUCUACUCCAACGAGAGCUGCGCCGAGGGGAUGCGCCGCGCGCUCAACCUCGCCGACGACCAGGUGCUCCGCGCCUACGGCUUCCGCCACGCCGGACCGCUCAAGGACGACGUGCGCCCGCUCUAG